AUUUCAAUGAACCUGUAGGAGAUCGGUUUAGCAGAUUUACAGAAAAAAAUACAUUGGAAAAAGAAUUUUGAAAAAAAAUGGUAUACAUUUUUCCAACUCUUCUAAUAGUAUGCCUCUUCACUGGUUCCAAGGCAUCAUGGGAAGUAAUCUAUCCAAACACCAACUGGUGUGGCAUUUUGAAAGGUGACAUGGCCAAUAUCUCUGAUCUUGGAAGUUUGGACCAAUUAGACAAAUGCUGCAGAACUCAUGCAUAUUGUCCUAUAUCUAUAAAUGCAUUUGAGACACAAUAUGGAAUAUCGAACACAGGAGCUACUACAGUGUACGAUUGUGCUUGUGAAGAUGUCCUCUAUGAAUGUCUUAAAGCAGUAGACAUAAGCCAACAGAAACAUGCAAAUGCUGUAGGCAUGUCGUACUUCAACAUGCUGCAACCUAAAUGCAUAAAAAAGGAAACGACAUGUGUUUCUAGUUCUAAUUCAUUUUGGACAUCGAUCCGUCGCUGUGUAUAUAGGUCAGGCUAUAAACUUUUCUCUGGAAGACGUUGGGAAUAGUUUGAACGAUCACAUCGUUUAUAGAAAUUUCUCCAUCUAUAAAUAGGUUGAACGAUGACAUCCAUUAAAGAAAUUUCUUUAUCUAUAAAUAGUUUGAACGAUGACAUCCAUUAAAGAAAUUUCUCCAUCUAUAUAUAGUUUGAACGGUCUCAUCGAUUAUAUAAAUUUCUCCGUAUAUAAAUGAAUCAAGUACCGAGUUUCAUAUAUUAACUUUUAUUAAUUUUAAAUUGAUCUGAAUAUGUUUUUGUUAUUUUAAUAUUACAGUCUUUGUUGAAAUUUAAUUUUCUAUAUUUUUGAAUGAAUUCUUAUUAUAAGAUGAGAUUUGUUCGUUAAUAAAAGCCUUCUACAUG